UUUUGUCUGGAGGAGUGUCAAGCGACAGUCUGUCUGCAAGAGGUUUACUUGGAGGUGUACAACUCCGUCGCCGCCACCACCAUCACUACGACAACAACGCUUUCUUCUACUUCUUCUGGUACUCGGGAGGAGUGUCAAGCGACAGUCUGUCUGCAAGAGGUUUACUUGGAGGAUGAAAUUAUGAAAGGAAAGAGGAUGGUGUUGGAACCACGCAUCACAUUAUUCCAAAACACGACAAAGAGGUCUCCCAGAGGACUUUGCGCCAUCCUGGGUGUGGAAGAGUCUUCUUGGACCGAUUGCGUGCCAUCUUGGUGGUGUCUGCGACUGCUUCGGAGCACGCCCGAGUGGUCUGAGGUGUCCGGCGGAGGCGGCCAGUUGCCCCGUAGGAUGCCCGCCAAGACCCCUAUAUAUCUUAAGACCACCACACCCAAACGAGGCAAGAAGCCCAAACUUCGCGACGUUCUGUCUGGUGAUAUGAUCAGUCCACCUUUAGGUGAUGUGCGCCACAGCGCCCACGUGGGUCCGCAAGGUCAGCAAGACAUGUUCGGCGACGUGGGCUUCCUAAGGGGCAAAAUGGACAUGUUACCGGCACGUAAUGGCGACACCCGCUCGCACAGCGUGGAUGGACGGCACGGGGAUGAGGCCGCCGCCUCGGACUACUCCUACAACGGAUUCCAUUACCAGCAUUCAUCCUCUGGUUUGUUGAAGACCACCAUCUCCAUGCCCGUCUUCAUUGCCCACGAGCAAGCGCCACCAAAACCACCACGCCUGCACCUGGACGACGUCAAACAGCGCCACCUACAACCUGCAGAUGGUCCUGACAAGCAGCAGGGGCAGCGUUCCUCAAAGCACGGUGGUCUGGACAUCUCCCUGUCGCCGUCCCUCCGCCGACUGGUUCCCUCGUCCGGAUCUUUCUCUGAGGUGUCGUCGGAGGAGUCGGGGUCGGACGGCUGCGGGCCCCCAGAUGAGCGGCGAGGCCUCAGUCUGGACUCGUACACCGGUCUGAGCAACGAGGACCUGCGCAGCGAUUCACCGUGCGGACUCUUCCUGCGAUCAGACUCUGUGGCGGGUCUGGACCUUGACCUGGAUCUGGGGCCCUCCAUCCUUGAUGAUGUUCUGAGGAUCAUGGACCGUUACAAGGACGUGGACCACCGAUGUGAGCUGUGAGGUGGACGAUAAAGCCUUUUUCUCAGUUGAUUUAUUAAAAGAACUGAUGACAGGGCAGACAUUUUGGAUGCAGCAAUUUCAGAUACUAUUUAAAGUUCUUAACUGUUUUCACAAAUGAAUUAAAUGUACUAUUACAUUAUUCCUCAAAUAUUUAACCACACAACACCCUAAAAUGACAAGAUGACUUUUUUGAAUUUUUGCAAGAUUGUUAAAAAUAAUGAAAUGUGGAAAAGGUGAACCACUGUGAAUGACUCAUGCUUCACUUUUUUCCAUAUUUCGUUAUGUUACAACCUAAUUCCAGAAUGAAUUAAAUGUGAAUAUAAGAAUUCAUACACACAAUACUCAUAUGACGAACAUUUUUGUAAGUUUGUUACAAAAAUUAAUAAAGCCUAGCAAAUGUAAGUUGUAUAACGCAUUUAAAAAGCAUUCGCAAUGCUUCACUUACUUGAUGUUACAGCCUUUUUCCAAAUUGUAUUCCCUUAAAAAGUCUACACACAACACCCCAGAAUGACAAUGUGGAAAACGUAUUAUUUAAUUAAAUAUUAUUAUUAUUAUUAUUGCAAAUGAAUGGUAUAAAAUCUGAAGUCUAAUUGUGUGCUCCAGAGCAAAACAAAAAAAUCUAAACACAACACUCCAUGAUGCAAAUAUUUUUUUCAAUGUAUUACUCCAAAAAAUACAUAGACAUAAAAAUGAAAAUUGAGCUUUGGUGGAUCUUGUGAUAAAUCUUUUAUUUUUUUUAUUUUUAGCAAAUUAGCCCAAAUAUCCACAUUUGUUUUUUCGUGAAGUAUCAUGUAUAGAUUUUGAGGGGGAUUUUGUUUUUCUUUUGGAGUAAGGCUGUAACAAAAUGUUGAAUCAUGAAAGCGCUAUGAAUACUUUGCAGAUACACUGUCAUUGCUGGGAGGCGACAGGCUCAGGCUGGACCCCAAGAGCCUUAUCGCAGACAUCUUCAAUACCCGUUAGUGACAUUUUAUCUCAUGUGAAGAUGUGAAGACUUAAUCACACUAAUACUUUCUACCUAAUAGGCAACAUAGGCAUAUUUCUCACAAUUUACACACUUUCCAGGUGUUUUACUAACACAUCUGUGGUAUACAUCUGUGGCAUUCUUUUGUCAAACUAGCAAAACAAAUUCGUCACUCCCAUCAAUAUUGUCUUUUAAGCUUAAGUGUUUCAGAAGCUAAUGGAAUAACGCUUUUACAUACUACGUGCUUCUUGUCCAACUAAUGUUGACUGACCCAUAAUUACAGUCACCUCUUGUUUGUCAAGUCAUGCAUGCUGUGUACAGUUCUACGAAUGUAUCAAUAAAAAUCUUCCAAUUGUAAAAA